UCAAUGCCGGAAGUGCGAAAGUGAGAUCGGUCAUGCUUCCGGGUUUCUUCCAAGCUGUGUGAAACAGGGGAAAGAUGGAGGCGUUGAAUAAGCUUAAACAGUUUGACGCUUACCCCAAAACUCUGGAGGAUUUCAGGAUCAAAACAUGCGGUGGAGCCACGGUAACCAUCAUUAGCGGGCUAAUCAUGUUGUUCCUGUUUUUCUCGGAGCUGCAGUAUUAUCUCACGAAGGAGGUCCAUCCAGAAUUGUAUGUGGACACAUCACGUGGAGAUAAGCUGAAAAUCAAUGUUGAUGUCAUAUUCCCCCAUAUGCCUUGUGCAUACCUAAGCAUUGACGCCAUGGAUGUGGCGGGAGAGCAGCAGCUGGACGUGGAGCACAACCUGCUCAAGCAGAGGCUGGAUAAGGACGGGAAACCCGUCACCUCCGAGGCCGAGAAGCAUGUCCUGGGGAAGGAGGAGGAUGGGGAAGUGUUCGAUCCCAGCAAGCUGGAUCCGGAACGCUGCGAGAGUUGCUAUGGAGCUGAAACGGAGGAUCUGAAGUGCUGUAACUCCUGUGAGGACGUGCGGGAGGCGUACAGGCGCAGGGGCUGGGCCUUUAAGAACCCCGACACCAUUGAGCAGUGCAAAAGGGAGGGCUUCAGCCAGAAGAUGCAGGAGCAGAAGAAUGAGGGCUGCCAGGUCUACGGCUUCCUGGAGGUGAACAAGGUCGCAGGAAAUUUCCACUUUGCUCCUGGAAAGAGUUUCCAGCAGUCUCAUGUUCAUGUGCACGCUGUGGAAAUUCACGACCUGCAGAGUUUCGGUCUCGACAACAUCAACAUGACCCACUUCAUCAGGCACCUGUCCUUCGGGCAGGACUACCCCGGGAUCGUCAACCCCCUGGACGGGACAAACGUCGCCGCGCCUCAAGGUUUGCACUCGUCUUUUUCCUCCCCCUCUUUCUACCGAAACCAAGCGGAUGCUAUGAUAUUAGCGUGGUCGAACCCUGACGCUAAACGGAGAGCAUGCGCUCGUUACUCUGAAGACGCGUGGGUCCUGAACAGUCACUGUAUUUGGACAUCUGAAAUUAGGGACAUUACUAACCCCCUUAGAAAAGAGCUGGGUGGCCCAAGCAGGGCUCGAGGCCCUGUGAAUGAUGUAUAUAUAUAUUUGUUUUAUAAGCGAUUUGUCAGAGCGUUUAUUGGAUCGAUUUUUUCCCAAAAACCACAAUCAUGUACAGAGAGUAUUGCAGGGUGGUGUGUGGUGCAGGGCAGUGCCAGAGUCUUGCAUGCUGUGGGGGUUUGGGAAGGGGUAACAUCAGCACCGGAUGCCCAUCCCGAUGGCCAUGAAGGUGCCGAAGGUGCCGCCGCUUUGCAUCAUGGUCUUUCCGACUCCUCCCAUCAGCUCCCUGCCCCUCAUGCCGAUCCUGUGGGGAAAGGGAAGGCCGCAUGCUCAAUGAGACCGCACUCAGGCCGCGCUUCUGUUCAACACGAUCACGGUGUCAAGCGCUCACGCUCCCCACACACACGUUCAACAACACUGCAGGCUGGCCCAACCACUGGCAAUCGACAAGACCAUACAUUCGAACCCACACAGUCAAACCCACACACUCCCCACGCACGUUCAAAAAGACUGCACAGUCAAAGCCACACACUCCCUGCACACGUUCAACAUGACCACACAGUCAACCCCACACACGUUAAACAGCCUUAAAAGCAACAGCUCGCUUUGGGUUUUGCCAGUCUACAAGUAUUCUGACAUUGGCCAUAAGUUAAACUCAUUGUACAUCACUUUAGAUAAAAGCAUCUGCAAAAUAAUUGUGAUGUAAUGAAACAGUGGGUUCAGCAGGUUUCAGUAAAGUAAGAAGCAGCUGACUAACAGCACCACUGACAGUGGGCAGCUUGCAGUCUGUGAGUUUGGACCUUGAACUGUGCGAACAGCAAAGCAAAGGAAAUCCUGCAACCAGUUUCCAAUCCAGCUAGGUAUACAGCACUUUUAAUUUUGCGUGCUGAACUGCCUGUAUUUGGCUGGUUACGUUUUUUAACCAAGUCUACCUGGGUGAACCGUAGCAUUGACGCUUAUGCUGUUAUAGCCUCGUUUCCAGAUGAGCAGGCGCGAGAAAUGCGCAGUAAAAUCUCACCUCAGACAGGAGAAAGUCCCGAACAUGGCACCUGCCGCCAUCCCUACAGCGAAUCCCAUCAUGAAGCCCAUCUUAACUCUGUCAAAGCAGUUGGGCUGAGCCUGUCCGUACGGUCCUACUGCCACCGGCAUCUGUGGGAACGAACAUAACUAUUCAUUACGGCAACUCUGGUCGUUCUGAAAUGCACGAAGUUUGCGAGGGCACAAAUUGUAUUCUCUCAAAAUCCAAUAGCUUAAAUGCCAUAAAUCAGCGUAUUUAAAUAAUUGCAUGCUCGGUCAUCUACGUGUCAUUGUCCUAAGGAGUUAAUCACGAUCCUUUCCAUUAUGGUUAGAAAGCCCACUACUUCAUAACACUAGCUAUAAUCUUGGUAUACAUAAUUAGCGUGUAGACGUACGUGUUAGCAAGAUAGCUAGCCAGUCUGCUAACAGUUUCAAAGUCGAUUUCGUUGACAGGAAGCAUGCUAAAUGUAUUUACACCGCAUACAAUUCAGGAAUGCUUUGUUUACGAGCGUAACGUUAUGUUCACUCCUUUAUGACUCAUGAAUAUUCCGUGUAUAUACUAGUAUAUUAGUAUUAGCUUUCUACCGACAUUAGCAGGCAUGUCACCUCGCUCUGGCCUUGAAAACAGCAACUCCAGUUACGGCUCCGCUUUCGAUUAUUUUGCACCCACUAUUAUGAGUUCAAAAUCUUACCUUGUCUUCCUAAAUGUUAGAGAUUCCUUUCCGCUCCCUUCGACGCAACACUUAUUCAACCUGGACUAUUUACACACUCGCGCAA